AUUAGCAACCUUUCCCAGCUGUCGAUCGGUUUUCCAUGUGAUUUUCUGAGUAGGUGCAUGUGUGUUGCUGCUGUUGCUGUGCUAAUUCCUCCAACGCGGCUAACUCUACGAAGCCGGCAGUACGAUAGUAACACGCGAAAAUCUGCCGGAGAAUCACAUACACAAACCAUCGAAAUUAUUUCAUCCCGAGCGGAACCGGUACGGUCAAAAUCCCAGCAAGAAAGUGCGGCGGCAGAAACACGUGGACGAUACCCGUAAAGUUCCCGCACCGUAGGACGACCGGAGCAGUAUGUGUGCGUGUGUGUAGAUGUGUGAGCGAAGCAGACUGUACAGCACCAAUGCCGAAAAAGAUCGGGCAAGGUGUUGAAAAGUGUGUGCUCCGGGAUUCCUUGCUCAAGAGAGUAGCUGUGCUUUGCCGUUCCUUCAAUCCCCACGACACGCGGGGCCCAGGAUAGCCAGAAUAGAUGUGUUGGCAUCCGGUGUUAAAUUCGACCAUCCAUUGAAAACGCCGGGAGCCUUCGUUGUGUACGUUUAGGGCUACCGAAUUGUAGCGGACAGCUGCAGCGAUACUACAGGUUAUAGUGCGAUCUCGGUUCUGAGAGCAAUAUUUCAGAACCGAGAGGUGUAGUUAAACGAAUUUGGGAACAUCUACGAAAGCCAGAGAAAGCAUACGAAAAUCGCCAGGAGCUUUGGUGGGAGUCUAGUUGUUCCGGUGCAUUGUUGCACGCGGAAGUGGGAGAAUUAGUCUUUCACACACACACACAAACCAAAGUCUGUCAAUUGAAGUGUCGAACAAGUUGUUUGCCAAGACCGGGGAUCAGGAAAUCAUGAUAAAUCUCUCCACGUCGGCAGCGGCACAUGCAUACGCUUGUCGUACUGGCGGAAGCGGAAUGGUAGUAGGCAGAGGUGUGCCAAACAGUCGAGGUAUCCGUUCGCUUACGGCGGCAGUUGCUGGGACAGACAACACGAUGGAAACGGGCGUUGGAGGCUUGGAAAUGCUCAACCAAGGAUACGGCAGCAUUGGCUUCCGUAACAAUCGGUUUCAGUACGAAAUACCCACGGUUGGCCAGCACUAUGGAAAUGCCUUUCAUCUGGCGGAAGAUGAUGAAGAGGUGCGCGAUUUUCUCGUCGAACAUGAACGUUACGGCACCGAUGUGCACAACGUCGUCAUGGAGGAACACAUCGCUGAGGAUGAGGAUGAGGAGGAGGAUAUCGAAAUGUCCACUGCAGUCGAGGUGAUAUCGAUUGAUCCAAAUUGUGAUUACGACACAGAUGACGAAGAGGAUGAUGGGGAGGAAGAGGAUGAGCACGAGAACGAGGAAGAUGUAAAAUGUGGGAUCGAUGCAGUACAACAGUAUACAAAUGUUGAAUCGGGAAAAGAGGCCACUUACCUCCAGCCGCUCUCGAGCCAAAACUUCGCAAUGUCUAACGUUGCACACAAUGUGGCGGUACCGGUGGAUUGGAAACCGGCUGUGUUAGAAAUCGAUGGUGAAGUGUGCGGAGCGUACAGUAGUGUUCGUGACAUGAAGGAUGAGCUGGUGGAAACCGUAAAUCGCAGUAGAAGUAGAAAUAGUAGUAAUACUGAAAGCAGUUCCACUAGCAGCAGCAGUUCUAGUCGAGAUAGCAGCACAAGCAGCACGCAUGCCUCCGAUAAAGAUAGCUGCAUUCAAUUACCUUUUGUCUCCACCCGGCAACCGGAUGCGCAAGAGAAGGGGGGUGCCUUGGUGCACCAGUACCACCACGAACCGUACCAUUCCGAAGAAGAGGUAGACGAGGAAGAAGAUGAGGAUGAAGAGGAUGAUGAUCCUGGUUUAGAUUUUAGCCCCUCGAAAAAUACACUUUGGGAGCUUCCGGCCAAACUGCUUCAGGAUACGUCGGGCCCAAAGAAAUCCAAAGCACAACCGCACGGGCGCCGGAAACGUAGCUCCGCUAGUCAACGGCAAUCUUUCUCGAUGCCUCAUUCGCCGGUUGGUGCCGGAACGGUUGAGAGUGGUCCGGUGACCGGUGGUGGUGGAUUGCUACCGACCAGCCUAAGCUUUGACGAUCUCGAUUCGCUCGUUUGCGAUCUGAGCCCGUUGAAAAAUGUGCCCACUGGAAAAGCUUCAAAUCACGAGCACGAGGAAGAGGAUGAUUUGCUAGCCGAUCCGCUGGCAAAUGCAUCCAAUUUCGAUCUAACUGCAUAUAUUACUGGGGACGAUGAUUCCGCGGCGCCCUGUUGCGAGACAAAUGGGCUGCGUAAAGUUGAACCGGUGCAGUCCCCGCCGAAGCGUGUCCUUCCUAAAUCGCGGGGAAAAGAACUGAAGGUGCUUCGUCAGCAUAUGCUGCCUCUGGAACAUCAGCAUAACGACGCCGAACCAGAACCGAUGUCGAACGUUAAACGGGACAGCGCAGCAAAAGCGGUCCGGAAGCUAACGAUGGACGACGCUGAAAGUAGUGAUGCAGAAGAUGAGCAAAUAGCACAACAAACCAAUAGUAAAAGAGUUGAAAAUCGAAACGAAACAAGAGGGCUACGAAGAGGAAGUAAACGAAAAUUAGUGGACGACACCGAUAAGGACCCUACGUGGAACCCGAACGGUGGCAGCAGCAGUAGCAGUAGCAGCGGUAAAUCCAAACUUGAACCUAAGGUAGCUCAGCAAAAGCAGUCAACGACAAGUUGCGCUACUAGUUCGGUUGGUGUAGGACAGAAUGUUUCUACUAGUAAACCAGUCGCUGGUAGUUAUCAGUGUAGUAGCAGUAGUGAAGAGGGUGAAAAACUGUCUUCAAAGCCAACGCCUUCUGCAAUGGUGAAGAAGGGCAUGAAGUUUGGACAAGUGAUAAAGACGGAGUCAUCAGCUACACGAUCUCAAGCUCCUGGUAGUAUAUCGAAAAAGUCUCCUGCUGCUACCCCUAAACCGGUUGACGGCCCUACGAAAGUGGAAGGUGGUCGCGAUCAUCAUCAUCAAGUGCACACGAAUGUUUACCGUAAGAAGACCAACGUGAAACUAGACCACGACUACUGCUCACCCAAGCGGGGCUCGCUUGCACUAGCGAUAACCGGUGGCAGUGUCCCAGGAUCGGCCAAUGGCGCAGUUACCAGUGGCCAACCUCGCAAAACCAUUGAGAUUCCGUUUCUGCUGCCAACGAAAGAGCAGCUACGGCAGGAACGCAAAUUGCAGAAGGAACGGAAGCGCGCCGACCAAACAACUACGGUGGGGGCAGCCAAAAAGCAGCCGUUGGUACAAUCUGGUGCGAAUUCCACGUCGUCUGAUAAUGGGAAAGAUAAGCAAGUCCAGCAGCACCGAGAUGGCAGUGUUGCUGCGAGUAAGAGUGCGCACAAGAUAGCAGCAUCUUCGCGCAGUAACGGUCUGUUAUCCAAUAAUUCGCUGGACGAGCACGCCCUGCUGCCGACAUCCGAAGGGAAACGAACUGAUGUAAAUAAAACGUGUGUAAAUAGGAUCGCUACUCCAGUCGGCAGCAGCAGUGGUGGCGCUAAUGAAGUUAGCCAAUCGGACGAGCGCGUAUUGGAUGUGGUGAAGAAGUGUGCGACGCCGCUUCCUAAUGCCUUCGGAGGCAGCAGUAUGAAACGGCAGGUUUCACUGUUAAAGAUAAAUCAGCCCAUUGCAGCAGCGACGGUGGCAGCAGUCACGAUACCACCGGCCAAAGCUGAUGGUGUCACAACGAGUCAUGUGAGUAACAGUAACGGUGCACAGGUGAACACCGGUGAUACGAUAAGCAACAGCCAGCAAGAAACGAUUGCAACUCGCAAAGCCGACUCGACGACGCACCAUGAAGUUUCGGAAGCGAGCAAGCACGAAGUGGUAGUGCGUAAAAAGCUCAACUUACAGGAGUACAAAAAGCGCCGUGAACAUCCGGAGUCUACGCCAGAAGGUGGUUCAAAGGCAAGUGUCCCUAGCAUCCGCCAGCAAAGUGUUAGCAAGGACAGUAGUAGUACGAGUAAUGAUAGUCCGGUAAACUCUUCAAGCGGGUAUAGCAAUAGUGGUAAGUGUUCGGUGUUAAAUGGUGUGGGGAUGGUGAAACCAGAACCACCGACCCAGAUAGCCAAGCCAGACAAGCAAUCGCUGCAGCAGAAUAGCCACAAACCCCAGGCUCCGCUGGAUCCUAUCUCUGCCGCAAAGAUGAAAGCAUUGCGCAUGCAGCAGCUGAAGAAAGAGGCAGCAAUCAAAUCGAACGAAGUGAAACUCAGCCAAAAAACCAUCCCUCUUAUGCCGAUUCUACCGCUGGCACAGAUCACCUCGCUUGAGUUCGACGAGCACGGCAAUCCGUUACCGUUGGACGAAGCAUCCAGCAAAGCAAGAGCAGAGUUGGCCAAUGCUGCAAACGAUUCGUUAAAGUUGCAUCCGGAUUACGAGGAAAUCAUCAUCGUUUCAAUCGGUUGCAACACAUCCCUUACGAUAGAACCUUCUGAGAAAGACGUCCAAACGGACGUCAAUCACCUUCCAAGCAGUGUGGAGGAUGGUCAGCGUCAGCAUCAGCACAAUUCAAAGCAUGAAUCGGGCUCGGAAAAGGAAGCGACACGACUGUUGAACAUAUCGGACACCAUCAAACGAUGCUGCCCGUCGGUCGACACAAUGCCCGGCAGUUCGCUCAUUGCCAGCAUACAGGAGGUGAUGAUAAAGAAAUCAAACAAAAGCACAUCCAAUCACCACGGUCCAAUCGGCACGGAUGCAUCGCUCGCGGAGGGUGCAGUAACACUGAAAGCCGAAACAAUGCCAGCAGCUUCAUCUGCAAAUGCGGCAAGUAAUGUUGGUGUAUCGGCGCGUGACCAGCAACAGUAUGUGCUGCACCAGACCUCACCGUACGUGGGCGUAUCGCCUCCGAGUUCUUUCUCGCCGGGCAAACCAGAACGGGCACAAACAACAAACGCUCGUACGAUGGGUGGUGCCAGUCCGGCCAAACAAAGUCGCACCUCAAAGGUGCAUUCUUGCCCUCCUGUUUCUGCGACCACUACUACUACUGUGGUAACGACACAGACCGACACAGAUGCCACCGCCGUGGCAGAACACGGCGAAGACAAAGUGAUCAUGCAUUUGCGAAAAGAUCGCGUACGGGCACAGCGCAUCGAUGCAGCAACACAAACCGAACCGUGCGGUCGGUUUCCUCCGCUGUGUAAGCUUUCUCUCCCGAGCGUGUUACCGAUUGAUGACAGCAGCAGCAGCAGCAGCAGUAAGGAUUCUUCUUCCACUAAUCUUGCUAGACAGCAGCGCGAGCAGCAGAAGCGCCCCGAACGGCGGCGAUCGUACCGUCGGCACCGUCACCGACACGGUAGCGAAUCCGAGCUAUCCGAUGCAGAUUCGGAUGCAACGGCCGAUCGCGGUCUGUCUAGUCGCUCAAAAUCGCACCGAGAACAGCAGCAUCAUAGGGCGCGGGAUCGCCACAGCCACAGUCACAGUCGCAGCCGCAGUCGGCAUCGUUCCUCACGACGCCGAUCUUCGUGUUCGUCUGGUUCGCGAUCGCGUUCGCGCAGUGGUUACUCUUCUCGCGUGCAUCCUAACCAUCAGCAGCAGCCGCACGGUAUUGCCAGUGGCGGCGGAUGCAACAACAACAGCAGCCGCUAUUCGCGCAGUCGCCGAAAAUCGCGCACGUGCUCGAGGUCGUCCUCCUCGACGUCAUCGUCCCGGUACGGUAGUCGUGGCCGCCGCUCGCUGUCGUCCUCCUCCUCCACCAGCUCGAUGUCGUCCUCGGAUGCGUCCGAUAGUGGUCGUCGUCAUGGUGCGGUGCAUCGUUCGCGCAGUCGCUCCCGCUCGCCACGAUCCCGUUCCCGGUCGGGCAAACGGUCGAGUUCGCCCGACCGUCAACACUUUCACGCGCGAGAGCGUGUCAACAACCAUCGUCGUGCAAUCUCACCGGAGCGCAACAUUGUGUACGUCGGUCGGUUAGAGAGCACCGUAAGCAAAGAAGAUCUACAGCAGAAAUUCCAACCGUACGGUAAAAUUGUCAAAAUUACUUUGCACGUCAAGGCCAAUGGCUCUCGGUACGGGUUUGUGACGUUCGAGAAACCGCAGCAUGCGUACGAUGCAAUCGAUGCUUGCGGAACUGAUCCUAACCUGCGGAAUUACGACGUCAGUUUUGGCGGACGCCGAGCGUUCUGUCGCACACAGUACGCGGAUUUGGACGGAGAAGUGUCCAACGAUCACGAUCAUCUGAUGCCAUACGUAACGCUCGAUGGGUCGCUACUGCUUCCCGCCCGGGGACCCCUUCCCUACAGUGUCCCAGCCGUCUGCCACAAGGAACCGAUGAUGUACGGGGGCGGUGCGAUGAUAAGCGGCAGCGGCACCGGCGGCGAAAGCUUCGACGAUUUGCUGAAGAAGUUCAAGAAGGAGAUAUGUGCACGAAGAACAUGACCUCGCUGCUGCUGGUUAGACAGGAAGUCAGAUUGGGAGUGGGGCCAGCAUCACCAUCACCAUCAUCAACGGCAGGACACCCGCCACGACGACAAGCCAGGGUUUCGUAGAGAUGGGAAAGUCGAAGUAUUGUUAGGAACAGUUUUCCUCUAUAUUCAUUCUACCUCAUGUUUCACAACAAUAAGCGCGUUUCGGUUCGAUGUGUGCGUGCAGAAUGAUGCAGGACGAGCGGCGCGCAGCGCAUUAGAACUAAGCGCAAGGCAACACACAAUUGGGCUGACUGAAUGGAAAAGGCAAAUGAAAAUAUCUGUGAUUGUUUCAAUGGAAAUCCUGUCGUUGUUGCGUUGUUUGGCGUUAACAGGUGUCGGCGGUGGCUGCUCUGAAAUGGAAGGAAGAUUCUAGGGUUUACCGAACGCAGCAAACACACACAGUAGUAGCGCUACGUAGUCUCUCUAUCUCUAUCUUAAAACGCGUGAUCCGUCGUUCGCGUUUGUUUGAGUUUGCCAUUUAACUGUGGUCGCGAACGCGCUCAUUUGGUUGGUUCGAUAUUGAUGCUUAAGUUGUUCCACUGCCGAACCCUCCCUCAAAACUCCUCCCCGAGUUAGGAAGUUGAGUUGUACAGUUUAUGCUCUAGUGGUAGUAGUAGUAGUAGUAGUGGAAGUAGGAAGAAGCAGCAAGGAUUAAUUGCAAUAGGAAGGUGUCAUGUGCGCACUGUCGCCGCCGCCGCUGCUGCAAGAAGUGCGAAGAAGUAGGGCGUGAAAAAGAAAAUAUUUGGAUUGGUUUCCAUUCUCUCACGGCGCAAGCCUUUUUAAAGCCACGGUCUGCUUUGUGUUUGGUUAGAAGAGGAAAAACAGUUCCACUUGUUUACCAUUGUUCCCGCCCGCCUGUCGCGCAAUCCUCAACGAACUUAGUCUGCGUUAGCGUAGGUAUUUUUAUUUCCCUUGCUUCUUUGUUGUGUGUUGUCGCCACACAUGUGAGAUGUGCACGCGUAAAGACAAUAUUGGAAAGGCAUUUUUGUUUUUUAAACUAAAAACUCAACACACGCAUCCAUCCAAAGCAGCGAAAUGUAGCGGCGGGCGCGGCACGAUCAUAGUGUGAGCGAACAACAUACAAAAAAGGGGCACUAGGAUUUCUUUUCUUUUUUAUUACUUUGUUUUUGUUCCAAUAUUGUGUUGUAUUAUAUGCAUACUGGGCGAAGUUAGUCAAUGUAUGAAAUUUACCAAUUAAAUUCCGCGUCGCUAUCAUCGCGAAACAUACAGAUAUAGGCUUUGAAAUUUUCCAAUUGUGUUCUUCUGUUGUCUCGGUGUUUUUUUUUUGUAUAUUCUGUAGCGUUUAGGAUACAUAUUUUUUGAAAUAAAAAUUGCAACACGGCAAAAGUAAAUAAAAGAUUGCGGAGAACGAAA